AUGUUUAACCUGUUCAAGACUGGUCCUGUUUUAGGGAACGUGUUUGCAAGUUUUAGAAGAUUCAAACAUGAAUAUUCACCAAGAUUUAAAGAAGUUGAAAAGGCUCAAAAGGGUAGAGUUUCCGUGAGGACUGGAGGUUCAAUCAAAGGUAAUAGUUUGGAAUUUGGUAAAAUAGGAUUAAGAUUGAAAUCAGUUGGUAUUAGAAUGCAUGCCAAUCAACUUCAAGCAGCUGAUAAAGUUUUAAGAAGAGAAUUAAGACCAACUAAAUCAAAAUUAUUUACUAGGUUUGUUUGUGAUUUAGCUGUUUGUAUUAAAGGUAAUCAAACAAGAAUGGGUAAAGGUAAAGGUGCCUUUGAUCAUUGGGCCACCAGAGUUCCUACUGGUAAAGUUUUAUUUGAAAUUGAUGGACCAAUCCAUGAUAAAGUUGCUAGAGAAGCAUUAAGAAAAGCUUCUGAUAAAUUACCAGGGUUAUAUGAAAUCAUUACUCCAGAAUCAAAAGUUAGAGUAAGUUUGACUCACUUGAUUGAUAAACCAGCACCUGUUGAUUAUGCCGAAAAACUUAAUGCCAAACCUUCAAAGAAAUGGGCCAAUUUACAAACACACUAUACUGACCCAAUGUAUAAAUUGUAUAGUGGAAGAUAG